GUCAACGCCGUUGGCUUGUGUGGCGGUACCGCUCUCAGAUUUCGAUUCUUUAUAACCUUCGCGCACCGAGUAAUUGCAAACGUGAGUUGGUGUGUUAGAAACAAACGCGAUAAUCGAGCAUUAGCAAUGUCCCGUAUAAUAAGAAUUGACGAGAACCAUGGGGCAGGAAAUGUGAGUGAAGGGAUAAAAAAAGUUGCUGCUGUUACGAAGCGUCCAGUGCUAGGGGAGCUGGGCAACAAAGUCAUCCGGAAUGGUUCUCAUGAGAUAAAAGUUGCUGAAAAGGGAACAACAUUGAAGGUUACGAAUUUGGGACUCAAAAAUGUGAAGGCGCGUGUCGAUACACGCUGGCGCAAGGAAGAGAUCUCAGCAGCCGCCGGCAGUACAAUCAUCCCCAAGAAACAUCUGACAAAGUCCGAUUCUAACAAAGCUGCCAAAAGUAACGAGAAGGCAGAGACGCUUAAAGGAUCCGAGCAAAAUCAAUCACAAAAGGCUGUGAAGGUGCAUGUUCAGUUGAACAACGGAAACGAGCUAAAACGAGUUGGCCUUAAAAGGGAAGAAAGUCAGCUAUCCUUGCGACAGUUGACGAAAAUUAAUCAAAAAACUGCUGCGGAUCAAAAAUGCCCUAAAAAUGGUGCCGCCUCGCUAAACGAAAUUGAAGCAUCUCUAACGACAAAGCAUGCCUCAACUCAGCAUCUGGAAAGAUUGGACACACAUUCGCAGAAAAAAUCC